CAAUACAUCUUCAACACAGCCAGCCACGUCUACCAAAAGGCUGGGCGCACACGCAUCAUCAUCCAAAACAACCAGGUGACGAACUUAACAAACCUUACAAGCCAGUCAGCUAGAAAAUGGUGGAAGCAAAGCUUGAACUCAAGCUGUCUGAUCUCAAACUCUACAAGCCUAACUGCUAUGGUUUCCUGCCUCUCAAGUAACAUUCUACGGCUGCUGUUGCAAGUCCCCACUGAAUCCCCAAUCUCCCUGCAAACCAACUUACUUCGGGGACUGUUUCCAUCGUUGGCCAGGUUGUUCCCUGAUAUGGAGGUAGAGUUUGAGGCAUCACCGGAAUCACAGCCAUUACUGACGUUCACUCCCGGGAACGUGACCUUCAUGCCAGUGAUGGACAUUCGAAUCUCUGCCCUCCAGAGCAACUCCUCUGCCCACAGGCCACUCUUCCAUCUUAGGGCGAAAGCCAACAUUUCUGCCAGCAUCAGUGUGAGAUCAGGCAGGAUCUUUGGUUCUGUGGCCUCAGGAAGUAACCUGAAGCUCGAGCUGAAGCACUCCAGCGUCAGUUAUUUCCAUGUGAAGCUGAUAGAAGUUAUCAUCAACCACUUCGUAUUCAAGGUCGUAUUACCCUUUCUCAAUGGUAAGAGCUGCCCCUGGCUGACCUGCAAGGAAGCCUAUUCUCCCUCCUUGCUGCAAGACCCACCAUGCAUUUACUCAUUCAUCCAUUCGUUCACCGGACAAGGGGCAGCCUCUGUUCUUUGGCACCUGGGAGUAUGA